UGAAAAUGUCUUGCCCAAAUCUUGAACAUUACUCAAGCACAAUGGAAAGUGAUUGUAGUGUGCUUUGUCACAAUGAUGAUAGUAGUACUAAUGCAUUUAGUGACUCAGGGAGUGAAUUUUGUAUGUCCGGAAAAAGCAGCACCUCGGAAGAAUACUCAGAAGAAGAAGAAGAAGAUAUAAAAAGAUUAAGUAGGAAGAGAACACGUUCUAGAUAUACAUAUCAAAACAAGAAACAACAGAAACAAAAAUCUUUAAGAAACUCUGGAGCCUCUUAUACAUCACUUUCCAAGUCGAAAAAAGAAGUAAAUGCCAGAUGUAUAAGGCCACCCUGCGGAGCAAAGUGCCGACUUCGAUGCAAUGCACUAAUUUCCGAAUCGAUGCGCCUUGAUAGUUAUUCCAUUUAUACGCCAGACCAAUACACAAGUCUAAUAGCAACUGCAAAAAAGACUGGCCCCGCAUAUAAAGUUCGAGAAUUGUCAUAUGAAGCGUUUAACGAUUUAAAGGCUCUUCAAGAAGAGUGGGGUCACAAUUUUUCUACAAAUAAAGACAAUCAGAAAGUGAUAUGGCGUGAUAUUAAAGUUCUCCAAGUCAAUAAAGAAAACCCACAUUCAUUUUUUUAUAAAACAUCUUAUAAAGAUAUCGACUUUCAGGAAGUGUGUUUAAGAAACAACUUAAAGCCUUGGAGUUGCAUCAACUUAUGUGCAAUUUAUUCGGAAAGGCUAUCGCUUCCACAAAUAAAGCAAAAGGACAUAAAGGAACUGGUGGAUAAAAAUCAUAUUCCAAAAAACUUUUAUGAGUCAUAUAACAAAUAUUUAUUUAUUACAUAGUUUCAAUGGCAUUUAAAAACGUAAACUUUUGAAGACUUUCUUUUUUA